AUGGCUCAAGGAGCAAAUCCACCAACUCCACCAACUCCACAAGCUGGACCCACACCACCAUCUGGGGCGACAGCACCAACAAGUGGCGUGCUCUUCAGCCCAACAACUCCAACUCUUGGGAACAAGGUCCGCACCAGCUCCAGCACCGAAACCGCUUGGACUGGAGGGAAACCCAAUCCGACCCGUACUGGCCUUGAUCCUUCAGCUUCCACUACCAUGGAACAUCCGGGACAGUUGCGUCCCACAGGCUAUGAAGCAAUGAAAAGCGCCACCUACCGCAGAACGUCUGACCUCGUUUCGAUCACCAAGAAGACGAAGAUGACUAGAUUCAAGAAGGAACUUUGGCAAACUGCAGUCUCCCGAGGACUGGACUCCGUCAUGUACCUUCCUCGCAGCGGCGACCAGAUCUCCGUUGUGACAAGCUCCGAUAUGUUCACGAAAGAGGAAGCUGAGCUUGAAUACACCAAGAUUCUCCCGACGUAUGACAGCUACUGCAGAUCCAAUGACAGGGACGCUGCACACUUACUCAUGAACGCCAUUGAUCCAGAUCUUCGAAAGGAAGUUGAACUAUUCCACAACACCACUGAUGGGUUAUUGUUGUAUGGUACUUUCUCCGUCGUCUCCUCUAUGACAACAACAUCGACCGCAAAUGCAACAUUGAGUUGGAGCUUCGGAAGGUUGCCGUCACAAGCUACCCACAACAGAAUGUCAACGCCAUCGUUGCCACCUUCCUCAACAUGGCAGAAGAACUUGACAAUAUGGAUGACUACAAUCACGACAACACCAUCAAGAUGCUUGACACUCUUUCCUAUGCCGGUGGUGGAACCGAUCCAAGCAAUUCCGACACCCUCUACUUCCACAGCCAAAUUAUGA